GCUGCUCUGCCGCCUGGUCGAGUUUUGGGGGCGGAGCCACGCGCUGCGAUUGCAGUCACCGGAGAAGCUUUUAGCGAAGGACGACAACGUUGUCGGUGACAGUUGUUGGUCUCUUGGUUUGUAGCCCAAGGCCCGAGCGCAGGGAGAGGGAAGGAGGGGAGAAGGAUGCAGGAGAAUCUGUGGAAGGCUGGCCCGCCCCGCGAGGGCGAAGAAUGUUCUCGCCCGAGCACGGACGGAGUGGAAGCCAGAUGUUGCUCGGAGGGGCGUGUCGACGAAAUGACUGCGCUCUCGCGAGGUGAAAUAAUGCAGCAGUUUUUGUGACAUGUGACCUGGAUGGCGUGAGAAAAUCGGCAGCCUGAUGGCAUUAUAUUGAAGUUUCCAGUUCACAGAGGUGAGGAUAAUCGAGUAGGGAGAUGAAGUAACCAUGGAUCCGAGUUCAGUAAGGAGGAGGAGUUUUAAACGAGCUCUCUCUGUGAGGGGGAGAGAUAAAGAUGGUGCACCCACCUCGUCGAGUCUAGGCUUACCUGUCGGUGGAGCCAAACCUCUCGAAGUUUAUGGAUUUGUUGGCUCGAUCGGCUCCCUCGUCUCUUACGCGGUCUACAUAAUCUGGGCGUAUACACCCGAGUCAUGGCUUCAUGCUCUCGGUAUAACAUAUUAUCCCAGCCGGUACUGGGCAAUUGCGAUUCCGUCGUACGUGAUCAUCUCAGUCCUUUUCAUAUGCGUCUUGUACGUGAGCUUUAAUUUUUUGGCAACGAAUCCUCCUCAGUCUCGAUACACUCUAUAUGACGAAUACACGAGGCCUAGCACGGACCUGACGUUGUCAAGGUUCCAAGCGAGUGACGAUGAGCGGCAAGUUAUCCCUUCAUUCUCGGACAUGCCAAUCACUGAAGUGAAUGCUUUACUGCUGGGUCCUGCUAUGAGUAAAACUCUGUAGAGGAGGUCUUCAUGGUGGACGAUAUUGGUCCUGCAUUCCUAUUUUCUAUCCCUCAGGUGGAAGGUCCUG